AUUGCUCUGUCUAUUUUUAGAUAUAGAUCGUUGCUCGUGCUGCAGAGAUCUUGCGCUCUAUCCGGCUUGUCAAAAUGGAGGUCAAUGCAUAAAUACCGGACAUGGAACCUAUACGUGCAAAUGUCAACCGGGGUCCUACGGUCAGAAAUGUGAACAUAUAGGAGUACAACCAGUAACUCAGGCGAUUAAUUAUUGCUCAAGUUCCCCGUGCUUAAAUGGCGCCACGUGUACAAAUAAAGCUAAUACAUACAACUGUUCAUGUCAAACUGGGUGGACAGGAACAAACUGUGAAAAGGGAAUACAACCAGUAAGUCAAGCGAUGGAUUAUUGCUCAAAUUCUCCGUGCUUAAAUGGCGCCACGUGUAAAAAUGGAACAAAUACGUACAACUGUUUAUGUCAAAAAGGAUGGACAGGAAUUAACUGUGACCAAGAUAUCAACGAAUGCAAUGGCUCUCCAUGCAACAACGACCAAGUUUGUGUUAACACAAUAGGUGGAUUUCAGUGCAAGCAAACGGGGUUUUUGAACAGUCAAAAUUUCACCGCAGGUACUUUAGGUGUUUGCGAUCAUGCAUGUACCAUAGAAACUGUCGCUAAGUUAAGACCGGUUGAAAGCAACAUUACAGAUAUUUGUCCAGGAACCACCAACAAAGCCACCAACGAAGCCUUACUUAUAGAAUGCUGUUACCUUGGUCGCUCAAUUACUUGGUACAAAGGAAUACAGGUAUUGUCGCAUUGUAAAAAUAACACUAUUGCCUCUUACACACCGAUUGCUGCCGUGAUCAAUGGACAAGUUGUGCCAGACACAGCGGGAGUCCUUACAUCGUGUAGUAAUGACGGUUCUGGGUUCCAGAUGAUUCAACAGAGGUGCAGUGCGUCGCCACAGGUUCUUACAGUGGAUGGUACGAUCGGAGUUGAUCCAAACAGCUAUUAUGUUAUGUUUAAGAUAUGAGCUCAUAUCACAAUUUUGAAUGAAUUAAGCUGUUAAACAAAUACAAUUAAGAAAAACUAAAA